AUGGAUGUGUCGAGGGUUGGAAGUCAGACCAAUGAUCCGCAGCGUUUCUUCGAGCUUGAAGAAAGAGAUACUGUCCGGCAAUACUUGGAUACAUACUUUGACAAUAUCGAUAUUGCCGACUGCGUAUUCCUUCACCGGGCCACCACCAUUGCUGAAUGGAGUCAAGGAAAGCUUGACAAGACUUUGCUCAAAGCAAUUAGUGCUUCAGCGUUGCAGCCCACCUCUGCAGAUCAUCUGGAAAACUCAACGGCAUAUACAUGGAUGAAACAAGCCCAAAGCGAGUUAGUCAAUCAGAUGGGCGACAUGUCGGUGCCCAAACUCCAGGCCCUGAUGCUAGUCAUCAAGUUCCUCUUCUCUCUGCGAUUCACUGGGGAUGUAUGGGUUCUUCUUUCAAUUGCAUCGAGAGUCGCUUUUACGAAGCGGCUCAAUUACGAGCGGCCAGCGAUGGACCCUGUAAAACAAGAAUGUCUUCGGCGACUUAUGUGGUCUAUAUACUCGAUCGACAAACUCUUUUCAGGUGGGAUAGAAGACCUGACUGUUUGUCCAACACAAAGGAUGCAUAUCCGGUUACCGAGCAGCCAGCAUAAUUUUCAGCUAGGAUUGAGGUCCCGAGCGCCAUUUUUACGCGGCAAUGGCAAAGAUGACACCGACUUGAAUGUACUGGCCUACUUGAUGCGCUUAUAUGACAUCCGUGAUAGGAUUCUUAGAUAUACCCGGCAAGUCAUAUUAAGUGGGACCAGUCCCUACCUCAGCCGGGGACAACUACGGUCUCUAGACCUUGAACUCACAGCAUUCAAAGAGUCGCUCCCUGAUGAGUUGCAGCUCAAUGAUAACAGACUCAUGAUCAUGUGUCACUCAGAUGAAGCUCGCACAUACACAACGCUCCACACUUUGUUAUUUAGCUGUCGCUGCGACCUUCAUCGGUUCUUGAUCCCCGGUAUCCGUGAAGCAGUCUCCCCGGAAGCUGCGAGUCAAACACGGAGGGAAUACAUAGAAUAUUGUCAACAGCGAUGUCUGCAGACCGCGUUGCGUUACGUGGACAUGUGGCUCAAGGUUCGACAGAUGGAGACUAGCAGCCGAGUUGGAACGACCACGUUUGCGGUGGUCACGUAUCAGUUCACCAAAAUGAUUGAUCAUUUGGCUGCCCUCCUUCCUUUGAAUGGAGAAGCGUCUUUGGCUUCUAUAAAGCAAAAGCUAACUGAUAUUCUACUCAUCGUGUCGCAAAGCCGAACCGCGUUCGGAUGGGUCACAUCUUGUAUUGCCGACAUCGACGACCUCAUUCCACGCCUGGGUAUGCGAACCCGCUCUCCAGGAUCUUCUGCGCCUCCAGGAACGAUUCGACUUCAGGAAAGGUUGCAUCGACGCUCCAAGCAUGCAUUUGCUCCAGAAGAGGAAGAAGAGGAAGAUCCAGCCAUCAAUCCUCCUGAAUCUGGCGGAGAUAGACUACCCGAGGAAGUCAUUGACCCACCGCCUUUCGUAAAUACUACAGGAGAGGGCAUCUGGUCUUUUUCCCUGCCCAAUGAGGAACAAAAUUUCGCGGUGUUAACAUUUGACCCAUUCUCGUCACUUGAAUAUCCAAUAAUGAAUCAUGAUCUAAUUGGAUCGUCAGAUGUGGGGUUUGGGGAACAAGACAUAGGGUUUCCCUUAGAUCCGUUUGAUCUACAACUGAACGCUUAUACUGAUGCGAAUGUGCCUAACUAUUGA